CAUCGUAUGUCGUGAUAACACCGCCGGCAUGAAUUCCAGUUACAGUGAAAAGCAAGCGAGGACGGUGCUGUUGCAUUCAGAUCUCGCUUGCUCUUCGGCAUCUGGCUAGCCGCAGCUGGAACAAACUAAUGGACGGCAGCCCUCGGUCUGAUCCAGCAGAGGUCUCCGCGCGCGCUUCGGUAGCGAGCGGAGGGAAGGAAAGGCGAGCGCGGCACCUUCAGGUAUUCGCCGCGGAGUGCACCUGGAGGAUAUGGGAAAGGGCCUCAGCAACAGGUGCCGGAGAAGACUGAGAGGAGGAAGUGGGCGCUUGCUUGCGUUGGGCCGUUUCUCUCCCGGAAAAAAAGGCUCUAGGCUCUCCUCCUCGGCUGCGGAAAAAGAGAAGAAAACGCCCCGUGGAGUUAGGGCAGGGCCGGCUGAGGUUUACCUAGAGGCUCCGGGCAGUGGGAGGAGACGCCAUGGCCUGGAUCUGGCAGUGGCAACUCAAAGCGCUCUUUAUCGGCCUCACCUCGACAGGUUGCUUCUCUGUUCUGGUGACUGUGCCAGAUACUGAGCGAUACACAACUUUAUUUGCUUCUGUGACCCUCCGAUGUGACUAUAGUACUUCAGCACCGCUGCAGGAUGUAGUUGUUACCUGGCGCUAUAAAUCUUUUUGCAAGGACCCCAUUCUUGAUUACUAUACUAUCGCCUAUCAGGCAAGCCUAGAUCUUGGCCAGGAUCCUUCCAAUGACUGCAAUGACAACCAACGGGAAGUGCGCAUUGUUGCUCAGAAAAGAGGUCAGAAUGAACCAGUGCUGGGUGUCGAUUACCGGCAGCGAAAGAUCACAAUUCAGAAUAGAGCAGAUCUUGUGAUUAAUGAGGUGAUGUGGUGGGACCAUGGAGUCUAUUAUUGUACUGUUGAAGCUCCAGGAGACACAACUGGUGAUCCAGACAAAGAGGUCAAGCUCAUUGUUUUGAACUGGCUGACAGUAAUAUUGAUUAUCCUCGGUGGCCUCCUCCUCUUCAUGUUAAUUGGAAUAUGCUGGUGUCAGUGCUGCCCUCAGCAUUGCUGCUGCCACGUGCGCUGUGCCUGCUGCCCAACUCGCUGCUGCUGCAAUGAAAAAGUCCUGGAACGACACCACUUCAUGAAACAGGCUCGACAACUUCUUCCAUGGAUGACACACCACUCCCAGUCAUCUUCAUACCAACUAAACCCACUAUUACAGAGAGAUGUAUCUCUCCAAAGCAGCCAGCCGCUGAUGCCACCCCUUGCUCAAGUGCCCUCUAGCAACAAGAUCUUGGACCAUCUUGAAUCUGAGAUCAGGAACCUUAAUCUUUCUCAGCCUAUACUACCUUCUCGACAUGUUGGAAGCAGUCAGCAUCCUAGCAUCCUCUCUUCUCUGGGUUCAGAGAUUGUGGAUCGCAGAGUAAUCCAGUUGCCUCCUAUCAUUGAGCGUAUCCCAUCCUCUCAGAGAACUAGCAGUUCAUCACGGCUGGGGAGGUCUACACAUACUCCAAGAUCUCGGAGCAGCACAAAUGAAGAGAGGGAGGAGAGGAGAUGGAGGCGUCGUUCAUCUUUGGAUGACGAUUGCCCUUCCAGCUAUGAUCAGGAGCUAUGGGAUAGGCAUAGAGAUCACAGAAUUGAAUCACAGAGAAAUGGCAGCCGUCAUGAUAGGUACCGGAGUUCUACAACAGAUGUAGUCCCCAUUUCGCAUGGCAGAAAUAGUCUUAAUUCCUAUCUUGAGACCAGAAGAGGGCAUUCUGGACAGCACUACUCUGAGAGAAAGAUCCAGCAUUCACAGCGACGAACAUAUCGACAGAACAAUAACUUUGGUCGCCAGGACCAUGGACGACAUCGCAGGUCUUCUCCAUCAUCCUCCGGGGAGUCAUGGAGCUCAUCUGGGGAACAAGAGUGCUCCCAAAGAAACAAUAGGCCACAUCGUCAGCACCAUUCCCCGGACUGGCUAGACGAGAAACCACCUAGUUAUUGCUCUGUUGAAGUUACCCCAGCCAAGAACAAGAAACCCAGAAAGUCAACAGAACAACAGUCGGAAAAAGGCAGUUCUCGCAGUGGGAUGAGUGUUGUCAUUUAGCCUCUUCACUCUGCCACUGUAUAAAAUGAGAUUUCUGUGUCUGCCUAAACAGCAGAUUUUCAUUCUGGCUUUCAACAUUACUCAACUAAGCACAGCAGGUCAUCAACAGGGCUAUUUCUCCAUCACCAUCAGCCUUCACUUUCUUGUGUUAAAAGUUUCUAACUAUUUUUGCACUUUGAAAAAUGUAAUAAGAUUUUUUAUUUUACAAACUAAAUAUUGGAACAUUGCAUAGAUGAUUUCUUUAUCUGGAUCUUAAUAGGAGUACAAAUCUAUAACAGAUCAUUAAUUGGUGGAAUAGUUUCUGUUACUCCAAAAGAUAACACUUUUAACCUUGAAUAAUGAAUUACAGAAUUCAGUCUUGCUUAUUAUACAUAUUGAGUCAAAAGAUUUCUAGAAAAUUGUGAGUCAGAAAACUUUCAGAUACUAGUGUAUUUGUCUAGUAUCCAUCUUCUGUAUAAGUCUUUGAGCUACAUCAUUUGAUGUUGAAAAAAGUGAAAUCUAGCCUAUUUCAUGAGGUUUGAACAUUCAAAGAAAUUAAAAAGUCGAUAAAAGUAUUUUUACUGUAACAUUGGAAACAAUGUUGGGCAAUAGGCAAUAAAAAUACCACACAGUUGCAGUGUACUUCUAGUACAGGUAGUCCCCGGGUUAAGUACACCCAGUUUACAGAUGAUCCAUAGUUAGGAAUGGAGC